AUGGACUUCGCCACCAAGGACAGCUGGGUAAUGGAGCCGCCCGUCAAGCCCUCCUACCGCUCCGGCUUCGUUGUCGCCGCCAAGCAGAGCACCAAGGAUUUUUUCUACCGCUUCGAAGUCACCUAUGGCCUCUACGUCAUGGAGUUUUGGGAAAAGGCCGUCGUCUACAUUAUUCUUGGUCUCACCAUACUCUUCUUCCUCUGGAAGACCGUCAUCCCCCUCCCCCUCGCUUGCUUCCGUCUCGCUUGCUUCCGUCUCGCUUCGCAUUACUUUGCUCUGGAACCCAAGGGUUUCCACAGUGUCCUGGAGCGGUCGGCGCAACAAGAGCUUGGCGGUCUAAUUCUCGGCACCGCCAUCGAAACGUUUAAUGCCACUUUCAACGGAAGCUCGCACUUGAUCCAGCGGCGAUUUCCCAACACUGUAUACAUCGCGGUAAUCAGGGGAAGAGGGGGGCGAUGCAAUGUUUCCGUACAGCAUUCGGCUGGGUAA